UGCCUCGUAAUCUAGUUCGAUGCUUGGGUACCCAUGCCGCCACAGUUGCGCCCGUGUCGUGCUACUUACAAGACGUCUUUAACGCAGUGUUCUCCCAGAUUUUUUACACAAACAAAUCAAAACAAUUAACAAGACAAAAAUGGUUUUUGCUGUAAAAUCAUUGUUGGCUAUUGCCGUUAUCGCCAGUGUUGCCUGUUCAGUCUUUGCCGUACAUUGCUAUAUCUGCAACUCGGACACCAAUCCCAAGUGCGGUCAGAAAUUCGAGGCAAGCGAUGACAUGAAAUACGAUUGCGCACGCGUAUCGCCGCCACGCUUCCUGCAGAACUUCAUCAACGUGCACAAUGCCACCGGCUGCAUGAGGAAGGUGCUCGACACUCCCGGACAUCAUCAUGUUAUCCGUGGCUGUUUCUACGGCGAUGUUUCAAAUACGCUAGCCGGCUGUCAAGCCGAUCCCUCUUUGCCACCCGUGAAGCAGUUGUCGUGCGAUGUUUGCAGCGGCAAUCUCUGCAAUGGCUCCAGCGCCACAGCCCCCAUAACCGCCGCCAUUGUACUUUUCUUCGCAUUGGCACGUAUGCUGUCCUAAGUUGUUGGGUCGCCACGGUAAUCUGCCCUGUUUGACAAAAUACCAUACAAAAUUUAGUAUAAGAACUUAACUUCUCAAACGAACAGCGUUCUAAAUCUCAUUACUGUAUUCUUAGUGUAAACUAGCACUUAAACAUACACACUUGUUGAGUGUGCUUUCAUAUAAUCGCAUAUUCCGGACGCAAUGGGGCAAUCCGUCGCCUUAUGGUUGUACAAAGAUCAAAUAAUAUGCAUAAAGUUGUACUCGUAGCUUUGUUCAUUUUCUUUGAUCUUUUCGCAAUCAUAUGGCGACGGAUAGCGCCAUUGCGCCCAGAAUGUGCGAUUGUAUUAAAACACACUCAGCAAGUGUGUAUAUUUAAGUGGUCUUGUUUGCAUUUAAUUUUAUUAAAUAAAAUAUAUGUAAAUUGUAAUUUUUCUAUCAGUA